AAAAAAAAAAAAAAACUCUACUAAUUGCUAGCUAGCAUGCUCUAACAAGAAUCAAGUUACAUAGCUUGAAAGACUUUGCAACUACCAAAAGGAAAAUUUAAGUUAUAACUUCAAUUCAAGUUAGAGGUACAUAAUGGCUUCUUCCAGUAGCUACUCCAACCCUCCAUGUGCAGCUUGUAAAUUUUUGAGAAGAAAGUGUCUACCAGGUUGCAUCUUUGCUCCUUAUUUUCCACCAGAAGAGCCACAAAAAUUCUCGAAUGUACACAAAAUAUUUGGUGCAAGCAAUGUAAGUAAACUCCUCAAUGAAAUUCAAGCUCACCAGAGAGAAGACGCGGUUAAUUCUCUUGCUUAUGAAGCUGAAGCGCGUAUGAAAGAUCCAGUUUAUGGUUGUGUUGGAGCUAUUUCAGUUUUACAAAGACAAGUUAUACGCCUUCAGAAAGAACUUGAUGCUACCAAUGCUGAUUUGAUGAGAUAUGCUACUAAUCAACAAAGUAAUAAUAAUUUUAAUUAUGGGACAAGUCAUGAUGAUCAUCAUCAAACUAAUUAUGGGUUUUCUCCUAAUACUACAUGGAACAAUAACCCUGAAGCAGAUGAUGAUAUACAGUAGCAUGUGUAAUUCAUGUCCCAAUUAUCUACUUGUUUAAUUUGUGUGAUGCUAUAUAUAUAUACAUAUAGCUAUUGGUAUAUUUAGUUACUUGUCGAUCAUUUUUAUUAAUUGCUCCCUUUUGAAUGGGCGAUUAAGUGCAUCUGUAUUGUACAAAAACUGAAUUAUAUGUAUAUGGAUGUUAUUUGGGUAUUCAUGCUAAUUCUAA